CGCUGGCUUGAUCCAACCGCAUCUCUAAGAUAUUUGAGUUUGGGGCGAGUAAACUUGCUUCCUGAAGAGACAACCGUAACGUCCCCGCCCCCUCUGGCCAGCUGGGGCCUGAGCCCGCCUGUGCGGCCGCGCGCCCCGCCCCUCCAUCCCGCCGCCCGCCGCCCGCCUCCCGCCGCGAUCUUGGCGGGAAGGCGCCAGUUGCUACUCAGCGGAAAGAUGUCGGGGUCCUGCGCGGCGGCUGAGGAAAAGGCGGGCCCCAGACAGCGACCUCAGGUGAAGGUGAAUGAAUAUAAAGAAAAUCAAAACAUCGCUUACGUAUCUGUGAGACCAGUACAGACUACAGUUUUAGAAAGAACAGCCAAGGCCUAUCUUGUCCCCUUUUCACUCAGUAAUUACAAACCAGACCAAUUUAAGAGCCCCAAAUCUCUAUUAAAUAAGAAUUCUAACAAUGAAGUGUUAUGUAAGAAGACUAAAAUAAAGAAAACUUGCAGAAGGAUCUUAACUCCAAAAAUGGAAGUCAUAUCUUCCAAGUCAGAAUCUACUCUGCAAAAAUCAUUCUUAGAUGUUCCUACUGAAAGUAAGCAACAACAGGAGAGCACUUCAAAUACAGUGAUUUUCAGUGUUGAUGUGGAAAGCAGUCAGGAUGGAGACAGUGAUGAAGAUACCACACCACGCCUGGAUGAUUUUUCAGGAUUGUCACCAUACGAAAGGAAGAGACUGAAGAACAUAUCAGAAAAUGCAGAGUUUUUUGCUUCUCUUCAGUUGUCUGAGUCAGCUGCAAGGCUCCGUGAAAUGAUAAAGAAGACACAUCCUCCUGAAUCCAAAAGAAAGAAGCCUAAGAAGAGAGAAAAUGGGACUGGAUGUAGAAGGUCAAUGCGAUUACUAAAAGUAGAUCCUUCAGGAGUUUCAUUACCAGCAAGCCCAACCCAGCCAACAUUAGUAGCAGAUGAAAAUCCUUUGUUACCUCCUGGGCCUUUAGAAAUGAUUCCUGAAAAUCGAGAUAACAGUGAACCACUUAAAGGAUUUCUACAGACUUGGGCAGAAGUGAAUAAGACAAGUAGUAAGAACACUGAAAAGGAGUUAUCUAGCAUUAAAAGCUACAAAGCCAAUUUAAGUGGCAUGGUCAUUAGUGAAGAUACUGUUUGUAAAGUUACCAAAGGCUCAAUAAUCUCUAUGGCUCUCCACCCAUCAGAAAUUAGAACUUUAGUGGCAGCUGGGGCCAAAACUGGCCAAGUUGGACUUUGGGAUUUGACUCAUCAACGUAAAGAAGAUGGAGUUUAUGUUUUUCAUCCCCAUAGUCAGCCAGUCAGUUGUCUUUACUUCUCACCUGCCAAUCCGGCUCACAUACUGUCACUGAGCUAUGAUGGCACAUUACGUUGUGGGGAUUUUUCCAGAUCUGUUUUUGAAGAGGUAUAUAGAGAUGAAAGAAGUAGCUUUUCCUCCUUUGACUUCUUGGCGGGAGAUGCCUCCACUUUAAUAGUGGGUCACUGGGAUGGAAGGAUGUCACUGGUGGAUAGACGGACACCUGGAACUUCUUAUGAGAAACUUAUCAAUUCUUCUUUGAGAAAAAUAAGAACUGUUCAUGUUCACCCAGUGCAUAGACAGUAUUUCAUCACUGCAGGAUUGAGGGAUAUUCAUAUUUAUGAUGCAAGGCACCUGAAUCCCAGGGGAAGACAGCCUUUGAUCUCUUUGACGGAACACACCAAGAGCAUUGCUUCUGCUUAUUUUUCACCUCUUACUGGUAACAGAAUAGUGACCACGUGUGCUGAUUGUAAGCUGAGGAUCUUUGACAGCAGCUGUAUAGCCUCUCAGAUUCCUCUCCUCACCACCAUCAGGCACAACACCCUCACUGGGCGAUGGCUGACCAGGUUCCAAGCUGUAUGGGACCCUAAACAAGAAGACUGUGUCAUAGUUGGCAGCAUGGCUCAUCCACGACGGGUGGAAAUCUUCCAUGAGACAGGAAAGCUGGUGCAUUCUUUUCUUGGUGGAGAAUGCCUUGCCUCUGUGUGUUCCAUCAAUGCUGUGCACCCAACCCAGUAUACUUUAGCUGGAGGUAAUUCCAGUGGGAAAAUACAUGUUUUUAUGAAUUAAGAAAGUUGCUGAGGUUUUGGUUUAACAAGACCAAUUUGUUCCCGUUAAUGUCUAAAGGGCCUAGUACUUCUUGUGGUUUACUCUGUUUACUUGGUGUUGUAUUCUGUUUAGUAAUAUAAAAUUGCUUUAUUAAUACAAAUAAUUUUUUGUUUUUAUUACUACUAAAAGCAGAAUAUACUUUUAGUAAGGGAGAAGACUUAGAAGUUGUUUCUACAAGAUGGGGAGGGAAUUUGAGGAGAUGCUUUGAUGCCUUCAGCACUUUUAAUCCAGCAGUAUGUUGGAAAAAUCUGACAUUCUGUGUUAUAAAGCUUUGAAUGAUCAGUAUUAAAAGUUUAUGAUUUAAUGAUAUGGUCUUGAUUCUAUACUGGUAUAUAAAUCUGUGGUUUAUUUUAUAGUUUGGAAUAAAUAUUUAUUUCUAGUCUCAUACUGGAAGGGGUCCUGAAAUGUCUUCUAACUCAGUGCUUUUAAAACUUCUAAUUUUUUUAAACUUUGAACACUUUUUGCCCCGUUUCUAAAUAAAUAUUAUGUGAAAUCCCAAGAUAGUUGAGAAGCUUUGGUUCAGUUGGGCAGGGCCCGAGUCUGUGUGGUCUGGGCCUUUCCCUUCCUCUACAUGGCUUCUGAGACACAGGCAAGGAUUUCCAGGCCUAGGCACAAGGUUUGAAUUUACCUGGUCCCUGUAAUCCAGUAUGUGAUUGCUCUCAGACCAGUGUUAUCAAGACUAUGAGUUAGUUGCACACUGUUUAUCUGAAAUCAGUUUAGUAACCAGCAUUAGAGAAUUGAAAAAGAUAGUAAAUAAUAGAAUACAUUAAAAUGGCUAUUGUUUUGUGAAACUUUAUGUAUGUAUACAUAUUUGUAGAUGUUUCUGAUGGAAAGUGUCUUUUUUUUCCCCCAGAGGGAUUUAAAAUUGUAUUUUUUUGAGCAAUAAUGUUUAUUUUUGU